AUGAAGGAUUUGGGUGAUCUUCAUUAUUUUCUCGGCGUUGAAGUUCAAUCUAAUGAGAAAGGUUUGUUUCUCAACCAAACAAAGUAUGCUCUUAAUCUCUUGCAGCGUGCUUCAAUGAUUGAUGCAAAGCCUAUCUAUACACCCUUUGUUGUUGAUCAACACCUCUCAACCAAAAAAAAGUUGUUCUUCGACCCUACUAUGUUUCGUUCUUUUGCCGGUGCUCUUCAGUACUUGACCAUCGCCAAACCUGAUCUGUCCUUCAAUGUGAAUUCUAUUUUCCAAUUCAUGCACGCUCCCACCGAGGACCACUUUCGUGCCCUCAAACGUAUUUUGCGUUAUGUUAAAGGCACUCCUCAUCAUGGACUUCAACUCCAUAAACAGUCUAGUCGUGAUCUUCUAGCUUACUCUGAUGCGGAUUGGGCUGGAUGUCCUGAUACACACCGCUCCACUAUGAGUUAUGCUAUCUUUUUUGGUGCCAAUUUAGUCUCUUGA